UGACUCCCUCAUUGACUGCUGCUCUGCCUCACUCAGCGAUCCACUGACUGACUGACUGAGAGGAAGAAGAGGAGGAAGAGGAGUAACACAGCUGGUUACCGAGAGGAUUUACAACAACUUUAUCUCGUAUUGUUUCAUUCAGCUCCAUCAUGAAGGAGAGGAGACUCACGCAGCCGUUUGUAGCGAGGUGUAAACUAGUGCUCGUCGGGGACGUCCAAUGCGGUAAAACAGCGAUGUUACAAGUCUUGGCCAAGGACUGCUAUCCAGAGACGUACGUCCCGACUGUGUUUGAGAACUACACGGCCUGUCUGGAGCUUGAAGACCAGCGUGUUGAGCUCAGCCUUUGGGACACAUCAGGUUCUCCUUAUUAUGACAACGUCAGACCACUCUGCUACAGCGACUCAGAUGCAGUGCUCUUAUGCUUCGACAUCAGCCGACCAGACACAGUAGACAGUGCGCUGAAGAAGUGGAAAGCAGAGAUCCAGGACUUCUGUCCCAGCACACGGAUCUUGUUAAUAGGCUGCAAGACAGACCUGCGCACAGACGUAUGCACUCGCAUGGAGCUAUCCAAUCAGAAACAGACUCCCAUCUCCCAUGAGCAGGGUUCGUCCAUGGCGAAGCAGGUUGGAGCGGAGGCCUACCUGGAGUGCUCGGCCUUCACAUCAGAGAAGAGCAUCCACAGUGUUUUCCGUACUGCGGCUCUGGCCUGCAUGAACAAACUUCAGCCUGCCAAUAAACCCAGUCCCAUCCGCCGCCUCUCCAAGAGACUCCUACACCUUCCCAGCAAGACAGAGCUGCUCUCCUCCACCUUUAGCAAGGACAAGUCCAAGAGCUGCUCCAUCAUGUGAAUACUGCUGAGAUCAUGCUGGGGGUAAAAAAAAAAAGAAAAGAAAAGAAAGCAAGGACAAGCGGACUGCAGAUGCUUCAGCAGGGUGUACAAGGGAAAGAGAGUAAAAAGACUCUCUCUCCUUUGCAGCAUCCUAACCCAAAAUUCCCUGUUGACUGAUCAUGUCACCAGCACACAGUACAGAGACAGUGUGAAACCACAUUUCUGAUCAUUUAAAUACACGUAAACAAAGGCGUAGACCUGUUAGACCUGUUGUGAGCUUAAAUAAGGUGAGUGCCUCCUCUUUUCUACAGGGGGAAGUGGUUGUAAAACACGGCAUUACCCUGAUUUGAAAUUCUGAUAGCGCCGCCCUUUUCCCAUCCAUCUCUCUAUCUGAAUGACUCUUUAAGGUCAUGAUAUGUAAAAUCUGACAGUGACCGGAAGUGGUAUCUACAGAAAAUGCGUAUCGUCGAGCCCUUGAAGACGUUAUCCUCCCCUCCUCCCGCUGACCCCCCUCGCAGUAUUUCAUUUGGAAAUUAAAGCUGACAGUGGAGGGGGAAAAAACAAAACAGGGAGGGGAUUUGGCAAAGCGAGAGGGUUCACUUGCAAAAGCCGCGGAGAGGACGUACUAAGGCAGAUCUGAAGGAGCGCAACUCAGCACUCACAUGAAACCAUGAAAAACGUCUACGGUGGACGUGUCGUGACAGAAAAGCCCGGGCCAUGUAAAGACUGUCUGUCAUGAUUUCCCUUUCAUCACCACAGCAGUCUUAAUUGUUCAGUGUUAUUAUGAUUUUAGUGAUGUUACAUUAAUAAUACAUCAUCUCACUGUUCCCUGCUACUUAAAGAGCUGCUUAAUGGAUACUGGCUUUGAUAUACCUUUAAAA